GUUACACGGCUCCAAGCGGGGCAAACGGAGGCGUCUCCGUCGCCGAUGACAAGUUCUUCGGGCAGGAUGGCGCCGUCUGCAUCGUCACGGCUUGGCAAGCACACAAGAAACACAAAACCACCUUCGUGGCCAUCCGCCCACGACCGUGGCCCAAGCUGGAGUAUGACCUGGAGGCCGUGGCGGUGAGUCUGGGCGAGGAGCUGCACCCGCUCAGCCCUAAGCCGCACAAGGAGCAGGGACUCAUGAAGCCCUGGACCUUUGCCAUGGCCUGUGACAUUUCCGGGGCAGAUGCCUCCACGAAGUUCAGCUACGACCGUAUCUUGAACAUGGGACUCAUUGCUGGCCACCCCAUCCUCGACAUCAGUUCGGAUGGAGCCAUCACGGUGGCUCCAGCAAGCACACUGAGUGAGGUCUUCGAUGCACUUAGCCUGAUGGAAGCACAGCGAAAGGCCUUGACUUUGAGCUGUCGAGUCUUCGGCAUCUUCCCUGAUCCAGACCUUGCCCCG